UCUGAUCACACACACACUGCACAGACACCAGCCGCUCUGUCAACAUGUUUCUGCUCGGAUUUAGCCUGUGCCUGGCCAUCGUCCAAGGAAUUGUCCCCGAGAUAUCUAAAACAGACAUGGACAUCAUUGCAAACAUGGAAACAAAUGUUGAAGAAGGACAAACGCCACUGAGCGAUAUAUUCAAAGAGGUGGAGGAACUGAUGGAGGACACGCAGCAGAAGCUGGAGGACGCGGUGCAUCAGAUGGACAAUGAGACAGCAAAAUCCAGCCUCCAUCCGCACAGUGUCUCUUCAAAUCUCCAAAAUUACAGCAGUAAUGAAAUCAUAGCUGGGAAUCAAUCCAUUUAUACUGCUGAGAGAAUCAAUAAGACAACGGACAAUUCAACCGAAGAUACAAACAACUUGACAACCAUACAACCCAGAGAUAAAGAGAACAGCAUUGAUCACACAUGCACCAAUGAUGAGGAAUGCUGUGUGGGACAGCUGUGUGUGUGGGGUCAGUGUGCAAACAGCACAAAGGGAGAAGCAGGAACCAUCUGUCAGUGCCAGAGUGACUGUAAGGACGAGUUCUGCUGUGCCUUCCAUAAAGCCCUGCUAUUCCCAGUGUGCAGCUCUAAGCCAAUAGAACGUGAGCGCUGCAUCAUUUCAGCCAAUCACCUGAUGGAGCUGCUGUCGUGGGAUUUGAAGGGGGAGGGUCCUCAAGAGCACUGCCCAUGUGCCGGUGAUCUGCAGUGCCAACAUCUUGGACGAGGUGCACUGUGCCUGAAGAGUCAGAACUCCAGCGAGGAGGAGCUCACUGACACUCUCUACUCUGAGAUUGACUACAUCGUCUAGUGAGACUCGAGCCUGUUUGACAGACAGAUGAAGAGAAGCUGCUGAAACAGACAUGAACGCUUCAUCGUCACUCCAAAGCUUUGUAGGAAACGCCUUCAUUAUAAUCACCCAAACAGCUGUGAAUGUGCAGCAGAAGGCCUGAAUCUAAAGACCGUUCACACUGACGGCGAUUUGAAAGUAUCAAGCUGCCUGGAAGCCAUUCAUUUCCAAAGAAAGUUGGCGAUUUGAGAGGACAUGAGUGAUGGUUGGAGGCAUCAAAUGACACGACAAAACUUCAUGCAACAGUCACAUGCGAGAUACUGUAGUUGAGUGAGUUACAUUCCCUGCGACUUUGAUUCAUCCGCUUUUGCAUAGGAUGAUGAUUUGUUUAAUUGGAUUUAUGAUCCGAUUUUCAAAGCUACGGCCCGUAAGGGAGCCCAGCAGUAAUAUUUGGGCAUCCAGCAGAUCAAAUCAUUGUCAGUGUGAACAGCCCUCAAGUGUUGAAGCUCAACUGUGGCUUCUGAGCACUGGAAAGAAGCACUUAUUAUUAAUGUACAGUAUUAAUGCUUUAAGAAUACAUCAGGCAGAAAAAUGGAAAGAGGAAAACUCUGUUGAGAGCCAAUCCCAUCUUAGUUUAGUGUAGCAGCCGAAGUGACGCACCCAUACAAGAAACCUCUAAUUUACCCACGUAAUGAACACAAACUUGCUCCAGAAAAUAAAAGGUUGAAAAAAAAAAAACGUUGUUUAUAUCUUUUAUAUAUAAUAUUUUGAAUUUUUCAACAGAAAUCCACUUAUAUUAGUUGCAAUAUUUUUUUGUUUUUUGUUGAGAGUUAAAAGAUGUAAAGGUGUGGUCACAUUUACUGUUGUUUGCCAAAUUUUUCACAGACGAAAUCCAGUCAAUUCAAUAGGAAUCUGUGCAAAUUUCGCAUGAGAGUGAAAGAUUUCCCCAUGCAGAUUUCACAAUGCAUUCAAUUUGGUCACAUGAAUUCACUGUAUUAACCAAUAAAAAAGCGGCUUGGUUUGAAAAUGACUUCUGUGUGAGCUAUGCUUCAACCAUGGCUACACUAUUAACAACAGACAUUUUUUUUGCCCAUAAAAUUGCCUACACAUUGCUAAAGUGACUUCACCUUAAAAGUGUGGGUUUAAAAUUUAAUGUCAGUUCGGAGAACUUUCGCAGACUAAAUGCAUCCAUUUCAAUAGGAAUUCAUCCAUGCAAUUGUGAAUUUUGCACAAGGGCAAAGAUUUCCCCUUGCAGAUUGGGUUCAAGUUGGUCAUGUGGAUCUGCCCAUUGCCCAAAUCACAGCUUCUUUUUGAGCUGUGAUUUAUAUAUUGCUAUACUUGACAACAGCCAAUGGACAUUUUUUUGCAUGAAAUGCCGUUAAUGUGACCACACCUUAAGACUACGCAAACACCACCGGCACAUGAGAAAUCAGUACUAUUUAUGAAUGAACCAUUUUUGCAGCUUAAAGGGACAGUUCAUCCAAAAUUAAAAUGAUUUACUCACCCUCAAGUUGUUCUGAAGAUUUUAGAAUUUCUUCUGUUGAACACAAAAGAAGAUAUUCCGAAAAAUGGUAGCCAUUAACAUCUAGAGUAUUUUUUUUAAUACUAUGAACG